AGGAAAAAGGACUCGCUCUUACGUCCUCGGUGGACCAAAUCGGCUUCCGGGUCGACCGAGGACGUAGGAACGACACACCGCAUAUCUGUGUAAAAGGUCAUGGAAGCGGCUGCAUGUUCACAUAACUGCUGGUCUGUCUGCUCGUUUCUGUCCUGAAGUCCUAGAGAAGCAAGUCUACACAUCAUGGCUUUCUUCACUCAUCAAAUAUGCCGGGGUUUCUCGUGUUCGGCUGUCAGGAAUGUGGUUAUUAAGCAGCUAACGAUAAUCGGAGGGGGUCUGAUGGGUGCAGGAAUUGCACAGGUUGCUGCAUCUACUGGCCACUCUGUGAAGCUGGUGGACACAUCUGACGACAUCCUGAAAAAGUCUGUAAAGGGAAUUGAAGGGAGCCUUAAAAGAGUGGUCAAGAAGAAGUUUGCUGAUAAGCCGGAGGCAGGUGAAGAGUUCAUCCAGAAAGUCCUACAGAAUGUGUCGACUUCGACAGAUGCUGGCUCCGCUGUUCAGGAUUCGGAUCUUGUGUUGGAGGCCAUUGUGGAAAAUCUAAAAAUCAAACAGGACCUUUUUGGUCGGCUUGACAAGCUGGCACCAGCACACACCAUCUUUGCCAGCAACACAUCCUCUCUGCCCAUCUCUGACAUUGCCAGCUCCACCAGCAGGCUGGACAGAUUCGGUGGCCUUCACUUCUUCAACCCAGUCCCUAUGAUGAAGCUUGUGGAGGUCAUUGCAACCUCAGCAACAAGCCAAGAGACAUUUGAUUCCCUUCUGAACUUCAGCAAAGCGAUGGGAAAAGUGCCAGUGUCCUGCAAGGAUACACCAGGGUUCCUUGUAAACCGCCUACUUGUUCCUUACAUGAUGGAGGCCAUCCGGUUGCAUGAGAGAGGUCAUGGAUCCAAAGAGGACAUUGAUAUUGCCAUGAAACUUGGUGCUGGUUACCCCAUGGGACCGUUCGAACUUGCGGACUAUGUAGGACUAGACACAAUCAAGUUCAUUGUAGAUGGUUGGAAUGCAAAGGAUCCUGGCAACCCGCUCUUUGCCCAGAGUGAACUCCUGAACAAGUUGGUUGCAGAGGGCAAAUGUGGCAAAAAGACAGGAGAAGGAUUUUACAAGUAAUUGUAUUGCAAGUUUUGUGUGGCUCAACCUCAUUGUGAAAGAACUAAUCCACCGAGGAAGGACUGAGAAGAAAAGAAACUAAAGAUGCCUGUGCCUUAAGUAUUUGUCUGCUGGUCCAUUUUCUUAUGGAUGUCCACUAAAUAAUACCUUAAUAUGUAUGAAGUGAUUCAAUGUAAUUCAGUAAAAUAGGUUUUACAAAUG